UUUUCUUCUCAGUCGAUGGAAGUUAGACACACGUUCUCAUCCGUUUUGAAAGAAUGCACCCGAAUUACAAGUGACAGAUGCAAGGAAAUCAAAAUGUUACAGCAAUUAGUACAAGGUGGAGGUGAUCCGUCGAUGAUAUCGAGAAUCGAAGAUCAGAAGCAGCAGGAGGAACAGAUGCGGGAAUUGAAGAGAAUGCGAGAGAAGUAUUUCGAUGCGUUAUUGUCGCGAAAAAACGCUAUUCUCGCUAAACGAUCGAUAUUAAGCAAUACUAAGCUGCAGGCGGAGAAAGUUCGAGAAGAGGUGACAUCGCAUUUCAACCAGUAUUGCGACAAAUUUUAAACAAAAAUAUUAUUUACAAUCUGUAAUAAUCGAAAAAAAAAAUAGCGAUAAGUGUCGUAGCAUGUUUUACAAUAUUCGUGCCGCACGAAAUGUCUAUUGAUAUAAUUAUACUGUCAACGUCCGCUCACGUCACUUACAUACUCCUCAAUUUUCUUAGAUAGAAAUUAUUCGUUUGUAUGACACUUAUCACCGUUACGUAAUGAAUAGUUAUUUACUUUACUAACACCUUUACAUGUCCAACAUCCGUGUGAAUCACGAUGCAAAUCUUUUGCGUAUAUUCAUGUAAUGUUAAUAAAAGGAAAUAUCUCUAC